UCCCGGCAUGAAAGACGGCUUUGAACUGGCUAGAGCAAUCUUCAUGGAAAAGUGUGUCUUGAUUUGAUUCUUGUUGCCUUUAUCUUAAGGUUGUAAGUUUAAGCUGAUAUUUGGCUGUUGUUUGAUUUACACUGUGAGUCUUAGAGUGAAAAUCUACACUUGCGAAAGUGGGUCCAGGGUCCAGUGGUGCAGGCAGGAGUGCAGCGCUCAGGAGAGUUCAGACAGAAAACAGCUCUGAGGAAGGAAACAGCCGGAAGAUAAGAAGAUGAAACAUCAUUAAGGUGAACGGGGCUAAAUGCAACAAAGGUAAACCUGACAGAAAAACGAUACAGGAGGACAAAGGGGAGCGUUUAGUUUCUGGAGCAGAGGUCAGAGAAGGCAGAAGAAGAAAAAUAGAAGAGUAACGAUAAACACCAUGACGUACCGGCUGUUUGAAGGGAAGGAGCAUGCCUCUAUCUACCAACAGUACCGCUUUACUCCUCCAGAUGAGGUCAAGAACAUUAUUCUUCAGUACCUAGAUAAAAAGAAGGGACAGCCCCAUGUGCUGGCAGUUGAUCUCGGAUGUGGCACAGGUCAGAAUUCCCGCCUUCUGGCUCCACAUUUCCAGGAAGUGGUGGGCAUCGACAUCAGUGAGUGUCAGCUGGAGGAGGCUAGAAGUGUGCCAGGACACCCAAACAUUACAUACAGGAAGGGGACUGCAGAGGAGCUUCCUUUUCCUGACGGCUCUGUUGACCUGCUGACAGCAGCAUCUGCAGCCCACUGGUUUGAUCAGUCGAGGUUCCUGGCCGAGGCGAGUCGGGUUUUAAAACCCAGGGGCUGCAUGGCUCUGCUGGGCUUCAGUGACACCAACACCAGACUUUACUACCAAAACUGUGGAGAAAAACUCAAUCGCAUUUAUGAGGAGGUGAAGCAGGAACUGAUGCCAUACACAACCAAUCCAGUGUGUGUGUCUGAGGGAAAGCUGGAAGAGCUCUACACUGCCAUACCUUUUCCUGACAAAGAAAGGAUCGAGUGCAUUCGGGUGAAAACGUCAAUCUCAGUAAAGAACAUGAUGGGUUUCAUUGAAUCCUUCUCCAUGUUCCAAGCUUACCAGAAGAAAGAUCCCCAGAGGGCUCGAGGUCUGCUGCUCAACACACAGAAGAGGUUUCUGGAGGAGAUGGGAGUCACGUCUCCUGACACUGAAAUGGGGCAGGAACUGGGAUAUUUCUGUGUGCUGGCUUCAAAACCACAAUAAUCAAUAAUAUGGCAUUAGAGUGUUAAUAAGAGGGAGGAUGAUGGGUUGGAAAAUCUAAAACACGAUGCAAGCUUAAUUUAGAUGUUUUGUAUAAUGAGUGCAUUAAUGAAGAAUUAGCUUAAAUUAAAGUUGUUUUAACACUUCUUUCUUUUAACAAGAAAUUCUAUUGAACCACUUCUGACUGAUGAAUUAUUAUCACAUCUCCUGAAUACUUUUUACACAACUCUUUGUGUCACAUUUUGUUUGCCUUUAAGAAUGUUUUAUUUGCAUUGAAUCGACCUCUCAAGUAUCCACCAGCAGAGCAGCUGAGUCUCUGCAGCCUUUGGUGCACACUGAGAGGUUACAUAACUGUAAAAAUAAACUUUAACAGACCUGAGACUGUUGUUUCACAGAGGGGGGGUUUGGUUGCUUUUUUAAAAAUGAGAACUGAAGUUUUUUUUUUCUUUUUUUCUAUGACACAGCUGGUGGCCCAUUUACUUGUGUUAACUGCUUCACUGCCCCUCCUUAAUGUUCUGUUUUUGCUAAGAAGGUCAGACUAGGCCUUGCCCUGCUGACUGCUCUUAUUAUCCACGCUUUAUUUAUUUUAAAUGAACAUAAAAAUCUAGUGUGAAUAAUACAGAUCUUCAGGAGGAAGCUGCUUAGACUUUUACAUUAUCUUUCAAAUUUCAACCAUUUUAAACUUUGUAAUAUUGAUAAAUAGAAUGUGUAUGUUACUGCACUAUAAUUUCAUAGAAAAUGAUGUCCAGAUGGGAUGCUACGUCAGUGAGAUCAUCACCAAGAUUGGCUACUGAUACCGGUCCUGAAGUGGGACAGCCAUCAGCCACCUCCUCUACAUGGCUGUACGCCAAGAGCGAGUGUGACAUUCAAGGAGGCUGAUGGUAUGUAGAAGAGGGAAGAAGGGGUUGAACUACCAGAGGGCAACAUUGCAUAUGUUCAGGAUAGCUACAAAUACGUGGGGAUCCCACAGACAAAUGGUAACCAUGAGGAGAUGGCACGGCGGUCAGCCACAGCCAAAUACGUACGUAGGGUGAGGCCGGUCCUGAAGAGUCAGCUGAAAACAAGAUCCAGGCCAUUAAUACCUGUGCCCUGCCAGUAAUCAGAUACCCCACUGGCAUAAUAUCCUGGCCACUCGAAGAGAUGAGAACCCCUGACAUCAAGAUGAGGAAACUCCUUACAACGGUUAGA